AUGACUACAUUAUCGUUAUGCUGGGUUGACGACGCGUUGGCGAAUCCAUGCUGCAGAGCGUCAACUGUAUGCUACCACCAUCCGAGAUUGAUCAAGUUGAAAGUAGGACAACAAGAAAUCAAAAUUGGCCGUCGUAAUUCUGCAAAUACGCUUCAUUACCAUAUUGAAAGUAACUUACACAGGCUCAUAAUUUCACGCGAUCAUGCCACCACUACGCGAUUGCCCGACGGCCGGUUCAUGUUGCACGAUUACAGCCUGACCGGAACCUACGUCAACUGCACUCGAGUUUAUGGUUGUGCUAUUCUGAAUCAAGAAGACAUUAUUUGCUUCGGCCAUCCUUACGGUACUAGCGUAUUGCCCGGACAAACGGUCAAUGCUUUUUAUUCGGAUCUAAAGUACCGGGUGCGCAUUGCUUUCUGCUACGUGACUGGCACCUCGACAGCCGCAGUAGUUUAG